AUGGAGCCCUUGAAGAACCUCUUCCUCAAGAGCCCGCUGGGUUCGUGGAACGGUGGCGGCGGCGGCGGCAGUGGGGGCGGCGGCGGCGGCGGAAGCUGGCCGGAGGGGUCCCCGAAAGCAGCGGCUUAUGCCAACCCCGUGUGGACAGCCUUGUUUGACUACGAGCCCAACGGGCAGGACGAGCUGGCCCUGCGGAAGGGGGACCGUGUGGAGGUGCUGUCCCGGGAUGCAGCCAUCUCCGGCGACGAGGGCUGGUGGGCGGGCCAGGUAGGCGGCCAGGUAGGCAUCUUCCCGUCCAACUACGUGUCCCGGGGCGGCCCGCCCCCCUGCGAGGUGGCCAGCUUUCAGGAGCUGCGGCUGGAGGAGGUGAUCGGCAUCGGCGGCUUCGGCAAGGUCUACCGCGGGAGCUGGCGGGGGGAGCUGGUGGCCGUGAAGGCCGCUCGGCAGGACCCCGACGAGGACAUCAGCGUGACGGCCGAGAGCGUGCGCCAGGAGGCCCGGCUCUUCGCCAUGCUGGCACACCCCAACAUCAUCGCCCUCAAGGCGGUGUGCCUGGAGGAGCCCAACCUGUGCCUGGUGAUGGAGUACGCGGCCGGGGGUCCCCUCAGCCGCGCCCUGGCCGGGCGGCGUGUCCCCCCCCACGUGCUGGUCAACUGGGCUGUGCAGAUCGCCCGCGGGAUGCACUACCUGCACUGUGAGGCCCUCGUGCCCGUCAUCCACCGAGACCUCAAGUCCAACAACAUUCUGCUGCUGCAGCCCAUCGAGGGUGACGACAUGGAGCACAAGACCCUGAAGAUCACGGACUUCGGCCUGGCCCGCGAGUGGCACAAAACCACGCAAAUGAGUGCCGCCGGCACCUACGCCUGGAUGGCGCCCGAGGUCAUCAAGGCUUCCACCUUCUCUAAGGGCAGCGACGUGUGGAGCUUCGGGGUGCUGCUGUGGGAACUGCUGACGGGAGAGGUGCCCUACCGCGGCAUCGACUGCCUGGCUGUGGCCUACGGAGUGGCCGUUAACAAGCUCACACUGCCCAUCCCGUCCACCUGCCCCGAGCCCUUCGCACAGCUCAUGGCCGAUUGCUGGGCGCAGGACCCCCACCGCAGGCCGGACUUCGCCUCCAUCCUGCAGCAGCUGGAGGCGCUGGAGGCCCAGGUCCUGCGGGAAAUGCCGCGGGACUCCUUCCAUUCCAUGCAGGAAGGCUGGAAGCGGGAGAUCCAAGGCCUUUUCGAUGAGCUACGGGCCAAGGAAAAGGAGCUACUGAGCCGCGAGGAGGAGCUGACCCGCGCGGCGCGCGAGCAGCGCUCCCAGGCCGAGCAGCUGCGCCGGCGGGAGCACCUGCUGGCGCAGUGGGAGCUGGAGGUGUUCGAGCGCGAGCUGACGCUGCUGCUGCAGCAGGUGGACCGCGAGCGGCCGCACGUCCGCCGCCGCCGCGGCACCUUCAAGCGCAGCAAGCUCCGCGCGCGCGACGGCGGCGAGCGCAUCAGUAUGCCGCUCGACUUCAAACACCGCAUCACUGUGCAGGCCUCGCCCGGCCUGGACCGGAGGAGAAACGUCUUCGAGGUCGGAGCUGGGGACUCGCCCACCUUCCCCCGGUUUCGGGCCAUCCAGUUGGAGCCUGCAGAACCAGGCCAGGCCUGGGGCCGCCAGUCCCCCCGGCGUCAGGAGGACUCCAGCAAUGGAGAGCGCCGAGCGUGCUGGGCCUGGGGUCCCAGUUCCCCCAAGCCCGGGGAAGCCCAGAACGGGAGGAGAAGGUCCCGCAUGGACGAAGCCACCUGGUACCUGGACUCGGAGGAUUCUUCGCCCUUAGGAUCUCCUUCCACGCCCCCAACGCUCAAUGGUAACCCGCCGCGGCCGAGCCCAGAGCCCGAGGAGCCGCGGCGGCCGGCCCCGGCGGAGCGCAGCGGCGGCUCCGGGACCCCCAAGCUGAUCCAGCGCGCGCUGCUGCGCGGCACCGCCCUGCUCGCCUCGCUGGGCCUCGGUCGCGACCUGCAGCCGCGUGGGGAGCCCCAGCCAGCGCCCCCCACCCUGUCUCCCACCCAGCCCCCUUCCUCACUGCCCUCCCGGCUCCUCCGCGCCUCCCCCAAGACGCCCGAAGCCCCCACUUCCCGGUUGAGCCCCGAAGCCCCAGGCCCACCCACCCCUGCGCCCCUGCUGCUGGAGCUGGGUGUCCCCGCGGGCCAGCCUUCGGCCAAGAGUCCCCGCCGCGAGGAAGGGAGGCGCGGAAGCACCUUCUCACCCCCGCCGGGGAUAUCCCGCUCUGCCCCCGGCACCCCAGGGACCCCGCGCUCGCCGCCCCUGGGCCUCAUCGGCCGGCCUCGGCCCUCCCCCCUGCGCAGCCGCAUCGACCCGUGGAGCUUCGUGUCCGCCGGGCCGCGGCCCUCGCCCCUGCCCUCGCCGCAGCCUGCGCCCCGCCGGGCGCCCUGGACCUUGUUCCCAGACUCAGACCCUUUCUGGGACUCUCCACCUGCCAACCCCUUCCGGGGGGCGCCUCAGGACUGUCGGGCGCAGACCAAAGACAUGGGCGCCCAGGCCCCGUGGAUGCCGGAGGCGGGGCCGUGA